UGUCAACAAUCUUACUAUCUUAUCUAGAAAGUUGCCGCCAUGUUUAUUUGCGUUUCGGCUUUCAUUCGGCUUUCUGUCGGAUAUCUUUCGGCAACCUGUCGGUAUACAAAGCUCACGGACUAUUUCUGUAAACAGAAUAAUGUUCUUGAAUGAGCUAGAAACGCUUAAUGSGGUSUCCAUAUCCUGAAAUGACGUGUGAAGUUCCGCGCCGAAAUCGUGAAGAUCCGUGAUCAGCUCGUUCUAAGCAAUUGAAUUUAUCGAUUUUUUUUAGGUAUUUUUGUAGCUUCCUUAAAAAAAAUUAAUUAGUAAAACGCUGGYUAUUUUCGUACUGUGGGCUAAAAGCGUGCGUUCAUGGAGAACGUGAUAACAACUACGUGAUCCAGACAGGGCUUUUCUAUCUUAUUUAUGAAGUGUAAUCCCCAUUAUGGGAUACAUCGUUUGUUGGAUGCAAGUGUAAAGUCAUCGAGACUUUGUCAUUGAGAGCCUUUGUAUUUUUAGAGGCCAAUGUCAAAGGAAAACACGUAUCGGCUUCGGUCUUUUGUUUCGGUUCACUCAGGAUAAAAACAAAGCUCACUUCAGUAACCGAACAAGAACUGCAAAUAUACGCUUAUUAUAUGUACCGAGGGAUGAGAAGUUUGGUUACUUCUGAAGACGCGUCGUCGAUUUUGAAAAAAAGAUGAUUAAUCUCAAGAGGUGACCUUUCAGUAUGUACGGAAUGCUUCUGGAAAGCAUUCAGCAUUAUCUUCAAGAGAUGUACGGCGAGGAAGCUUGGGUGAAGAUACGUUCAUUGGCGGGAGUUCAGAACCACGUUUUCAUAACACACCAGCGCUAUAGCGACGAUCUGUUUCUGAAACUUGCCGAAGGUGCAUUGAAAGUUGUUGGCCAGGACAAGGGACUACAGAUUAAAGAUUUUAUGAGAUUUUUUGGUACUUUCUUUGUGAAAUUCUUCUCGAAUUAUGGAUAUGAUAGAAUUAUACGCGUAACUGGACGAAACUUCGCGGAAUUUUUAAGUAGCAUCGAUACUAUUCACGAGCAUAUGCGAUUCGGUUAUCCAAAGAUGGAGUCUCCAAGCUUCUAUUGUGAGGACGAAACAAGCGGAGGUCUUACCCUUCAUUAUGUAUCGAAACGUUUUGGCUUUAAAUAUUACGUAGUUGGACAAAUCGAAGAGAUAGCUAAAGAGUUUUACCGUAUGGAUAUAAAGACGAGUAUUAUUGGAGAACAAUUAUCAUCUAAACGAUCACAUAUCAUAUACAGACUUCAUUUUGACAAUCAAGCUUCGAGACCUGUCAGUCCUGAAAAAAUGCUCCAUUCAUCGGAAUAUCUACAGAAAACAUUGCGGUUGUCGACGUUUUUUGAUAUYUUUCCCUUCAGUUUUGUUAUUGYAGAGGAUAUGACUAUAUCUAUGGCGGGUUCGUGCUUGACWGCUACCCUUGGAGAUGAUCUCCUUGGCCAGAAAGUGAACAAAGUGUUUUUCUUACGACGGCCGAAGACGGAAUUCACGUGGGAAAAUCUUCAAAGUAAAAAGGUAAUGUUCGAGUUGAUAGCCAUCCAGUCAACAAAAACAGAUAAAUCAUACACCCAAAAGCCAUUCCCAAAGUCGUUACCAGUACAUGAAAAUGGAAUAAAUGUCACGCAAUCUACAAUACGUCGUGACUUACAGUCACGCAGUGAUUCAUACAUAACGCAACACAAGCCCAAAGAAAUAUCAAGACAAUCAUCUUUUUCGAAAGCCGUACGUAAAAAUGGCAUCAACCAGCUAACAAAAGAGGACAUGGACUUUUUGUUGAAUGAUCACAACAAUAAUAAUAAUCCCUAUAAGGGUGACAUAAAUGCAGCCAGGUUCUGCUCGGUUAUAAAUCAUUCCAGUCAAAGUUCGAUUUCUUCUGAURGUAGUGAAAGUGGRUCUGCGUUACAUCUKAAAGGAGAAAUGAAGUUUAUCUCUUCCUGGAAAAAGGUUCUGUUUGUUUGUUCGCCAGUGUUUGAAAGAUAUUUCGAUAGUGUUACAGUCCUGUUUAGUUAUUUGGAUGGRUUUAUCAAACUGUGUUCCAAUGUCGAUGCAAUGGAGGUUGUUGCUCUUGUAGAUCGCAUGUUAAGAGUUUUCGACGUUCUCAGCGAGCAACACGACGUCUACAAGUUUGAGACAUUGGGAGACGCCGUUUAUAUGGCGGUCAGCGGUGCUCCAGUACGAAAGAAACGUCACGCCGAACCAAUGGCGGCAAUGGCAUUGGAUAUGAUCGAGUCCAUGGCCCAGUUUAAGAAAGAUUGUGGAAGGGACAGUUUAACAAUAACAAUAGGUAUCCAUUCCGACAAUUAUACACAGUUUGAGACAUUGGGAGACGCCGUUUAUAUGGCGGUCAGCGGUGCUCCAGUACGAAAGAAACGUCACGCCGAACCAAUGGCGGCAAUGGCAUUGGAUAUGAUCGAGUCCAUGGCCCAGUUUAAGAAAGAUUGUGGAAGGGACAGUUUAACAAUAACAAUAGGUAUCCAUUCCGGUGCAGCAGCCGCUGGACUAGUAGGACAGAAGACUCCACAGUAYUGUCUGUUUGGUGAUACCGUGAACAUUGCGUCACGAUUGAGAAACGCUUCACUGGUAGGAAUUACUGAUACUUUCAAAUAUGGACUAGAGUCGAACCUCUGUCAAAUGGCCCUCACUUAUGAAUUCCCCAUUCUCAUAUAUAUUUACAGUUCAAUUUGACCUCUAUUUAGCGUCCA